UGUUUGUUACGCCGGACUGGGCAGGUCAGGACAGGACCCAGUCCCAGUCCGGUGUUUGGCAAGUGAAAAUGGGAGGGGGACAGGUUUGUCCCGUAGAUCAAUUUAUCCCAAAUGAGGGGGAUAAAUCUGACCCAUUUGGAGACUGGGUCACUUUUGUCCCACCGAGCUCUCUUCGAAGCAUCUCUGGCCGCCCCCUUCGAAGCAUCGUCGAUCUCGCAUCACCAUCCCCUUCGAAGCAUCUGGCCGGAGGAAGAAGCUUGAUUUUGGAGGCAAACUACCCUUCGAAGCAUUUCUGGCCGGUGAGUUUAUCUUCUGCUGCAUCCUUCCUCUGUUUCAUCGAUCUGCCAUCAUCACCUGGUUAUUUAAAGCUUGCAUGUGCACUGUACUUUUCAGAAUUAAAUUAUACUCCCAUUUUGAUUAAAAGGAAGCAGCAGUAUAGCUCAAAGGAUUACGCAGAGGUUGGCGUGUUGACAAUUUUAAGCAGCAGUAUAGCAGAAACAUCACGCAGAGGUUGGCGUGUUGACAAUUUUAAGCAGCAGUAUAGCAGAAACAUCACUCAGAGGUUGGCGUGUUGACAAUUUUAGAUGAGAUUUAUUUGUUUUUUCUUUUUUUGUUUUUUCAGCUCAUCAAAAUCAACUGUCCUGGUUUGACAUGAACAAAGUAUCAAUCAUGUUUGCAUUUUUUUUUUUUUAAUGCUCCAAGUUUGAAAAGCAUAUAUGCGUUUAGGUUCAAUGGCUGGUGUUUUUCUUAGAUGUUUAGACAAUUAUUAGAUUGUGUAGAAUUUCUGGCAAUAAAAGCUAGGCAGUUGGAUCUAGGAAUUUAUAUUCAAGUUUUCUCUCUAAUUGGGUCUUGUUUUACUUAAAGUUGUUUGGUUAAGUUUGAUACAAAAAAUUGUUUGGAGAGAAUUCUGAGAAAUAAUUGUUAUAGAUAGAUGAUGUGCCUAAAGUGGGAACUGUAAACAUCAUAUGUAUGUAUGUGUGUGCCUUACAAAAAUGAUGGCCCAUAUCAAAUUGAAGAAAUGUCUGCAUUUGAUGGUAGAGGCUAUGGGUUGCUUUCAGAGUUCUUGGUCCAGCCCAAUUAUUUUAUGUAUAUAAAUUCAAAUUCAUAAUUAGGUGAAAAUGAAGCCAACAUAUUUAUCUAUAAAAAAAAAUGACCGGUAAUAUGUGGACAACUUCUUCUAUUUCUGCUUUACAUAGUGACCUGAAGUAUUUGAUUAAAAUAGUUUGAUUUUGCCGGAAUGUAAUUGUUUUUUUUUUUUGGCUUUAAGAAAUUGGUGUUUCCAAUGCUAUCAUGUUCUCUAAAUCAGUUUCUGAAUUUUGAUUGCACAGGGAAUUUUUGGCCCUUAUUUUAAAAAUAAUAAUAUACUAAAAGUAGUAACUUUGUUUGCUUGUAAUAUUGGAAAAAGGCUCCACUUGGAAUAUUGAAAUAAGUUUUGUGGUUGGCUAUAAAUUAAAUGGAAAGGCAUGGAUUUUGAUCAUCAUUUUCCCAAAUCCGAGAAAGAAUUAAUUGGCAUAUUUGUUUCGUAGGAAUUAGUUGGCAUAUGCUUAGACAAGUUUGCCGCAUUAGCAUUUUACAUUUGAAAACAAAGGAAGAAAAAUACCAUGGGUGAUGGGUGACUAGUAUUUUGGACAAAAUGUAGUGCCAAAUUAACGUGAACAAAAUUUGAUUCCAAUUUAUUUUAUUUUAUUUUAUUUUUUUAUAAAUAUAUGCAAUAUGUAAUAGGUUUUUUAUAUAUUCCACCUAAUAGUAUAAUAAAAAUCUAUAAAACCUUAAAUCUUAAACCCAAUAAAGUCUACUAUAUUUUGUAAAUCCUGGUGGCAUUUAACUCCCUUCUUUAUACGAUUUUCUCAAUGGAGAUUCAAGCCAUGGAGGGAUGCUAGAAAUCUAUUAGUCCAUAUUAAGAAAAUAGAAGUUGUUAUCAAAUUGUACCCAAUUAAAAUCACUCUUAAGAAGUAGGAAAUAUGAGAGUUAAAGCCAAAAAGAAGAGCAGAUAGUGUUUUUGCUUUCGCUUAGAUAAAAGUGCACUUGAACUAGAUCAAUUGAUAAUAUCAUGAAGUUGAGACUUUGCUAUCUUCAAACAUCAUAUAGUUUGUUUAAAAACUUAAAUCCAUCUUUUAUUUUGACCUUCCAAAUAUAUAUAAUGUUUAUUGUGAAUGCUAAUAUAUAAAUAUAUUAUUUAUGGAAGAUUUUUGUUUGCUGUAUAUAUUCAAUUGUAUUGGCAAUAGCAGCUCAAUUUAUUGUAUGCAUUAUAAUUUUUUUAUUUGUUUUUUUUUUC